GCAACGGUACAACUGGCGCAGUCGGUACGAUCCCAUUUAAGAUGAAUUCCGAAGAUAAGAUGCACUGGCCAUUGGGGCCCUUUAAUGAUUCAACUGAUGCUCAAGAUUUACGAAGAGAGUGGGAAGAAUGGCAUCGGUCAUUCGAAUUAUUGUUGGAGCUGAAACACAUCGAAUCGCAGCGUGAGAAAUGUGUGUUGAUGUUGACACUAGGUGGCCGUGGCCUACAAAGGAUUUUUCACAAUCUUGCAGUUGUUCCAGAAGAAAUUUAUCCACGCCCGGUGAAAGUACCUCUUUGUCCGGCUGAGAUACCCGAGUAUGAUAAUGCCGUCAAACGGUUGGAAAAGUUUUUUGUCGGAAAGCGGAAUGAACGGGUGGAGCUGGAACUAUUCAGAUCCUUGAAGCAAACGUGUGACGAGUCAUUCAAUAAUUUCAUCCUGAAGCUUCGUACACAAGCCCGCCGGUGCGCGUUCAAAGACCGCGAGGAAAAAGAAAUUCUUCAACAAAUAACCAUGGGAGCGCGCGAUGAACGGGUGCGUGAUAAGGGACUCGAAAAUAUCAUGAACUUGGACGAAUUAACCAGCUACGCAAUCAAUCGGGAAAUUCUGACGAAGCAAAAAGAAAAAUCCAAGGCGUUCAAUGAUUUUCCAGUGGCAGCUGUCGAGCAACAGUGGCUACGGCGUACUAAUGGUGAACCUACGAAUAGAAAGUUCGUUGACCGUGAAUCCAGAAAUUUCGGUUUUAGAAGACAACAGAAUAGGCGAUUGGAAUCCGAAUGUGACCGCUGCGGAUCUCGUGCGCAUCUUGAGGAUUCUCGAAAUUGCCCAGCUCGUGCUUCGAAAUGCAAUCGAUGCGGACGCGACGGGCACUUUGCUCGUAAAUGCAGAAACAGAAAAACGGUAAACGCGCGAUAUACAUGGAAACGCCCAGCUGAAGAAACCAACUGUGUUCGCACACAAAAAGUUUGGAAUGAAGAGCUCCCUCAUCGUCCCACCAGAGAUGAUAUUUCUGAGGUAGAAUAAUUUGCAAAACUCGCACUUUUAAAACG